AUGAAGUGCGCGGCAUUGUUCGCGCUGCUGGCUUUCGCCAGUGCAGGUGAUCCCACAGCUGUUGAUUCCAUACGAUAUAAGUUUUUAAUUCUCGAGUCGCAAUUAUGGAAGAACGUCACGGACCCUGAGUGGACGCAGGGCGGCGUGGCUGGGGAUAUUGAACUAACAAAGGCUUUCGUGAGCUUCGAUGAGGAUAUUGCAUCCGUGCCCCGGACUCCACGCCCGCCACUCGACUCAUGGUUGUGGAUCAAGACCGUAGAGAGGCUGCAGAUCAUCGACGGGUUUUACAAGAGUUUCUUGGACUUUGUCCAUCGGCAAGUAAAGCCCGGGAUGGUGGCAGCACCGAGCCGUGAGUGGCUGGAUCUAGCAGAGAGCGUUCUAAUGGAUCCUAGUGCCUCCGUGUCGCAGGCCGUACGCAAGUUGCAUGAUUUGCUAGAACAUGGGGACAUGUUCCGCUCUGUAUUGCAGGAAAGACACCCCGAGGUCUGCGAACUCCAGCUUUCCCCACACCAGUUAAUUUAUGACAUGUAUAACACUAUAGCGCUUACUGAGAUCAAAGGUUACGCUAUGAUGCAGUUUUCUUGGAUGCUACUAAGGAUUUAUGGCAAAGGAAACUUUACACAAGAAGCGAGCUUAACAAGACAAAGGUAUACGGAGAGGACAGCCCGCACGGCAACUGCAGCAAAAGCGGCGCUCGCUAUGGCACAGCGAGAUCUUUACCGUUGCGACCCACCACAACACGUCAAAGGAGAAACAUACGAGGAAGUUACGCGACUGUUACAAGGGUACAUAGAAAACGAGGUAGACAUGAACCCGGAUAUGACGUGCAAAGAAAACUGUGCCUACUACACACUCUCUAAAAACUACGGCUGUUUCAAGGACAUGUUUUGUGCUAGUCAGCCCACCUGCAAGGGACGUAUAAUCAACUGCCAAUAUGUCGACUCCGAUAUGUGGGUCUGUCCGGCGUCUGCAAAAAGCACAAGACGCUAUGAAUGGAUAGAAUUUGAAAACGAACGCAAACUGGGCCGAAUGGGAUAUUGUAAGAGAGGAACCACAAAGGUGGACUCGUGGUGGCGCUGGCUUUUUUGGCACUGUUCUUACUGCAUGUGCCUUUGCGACGAGCCGGGUCCUAAGUCAGACCGCCACUUCAGUCUGUGGGAUGCCACCUCCGACGUUGACUCGUGGUGGAGAGUACCCUUCCACUGCUCCUACUGUUUCUGCCUUUGCGAAGACGUGGUGUCAAUUGCUGAACGCACGUUCAGUAUGCGUGAAGCGACAUCUAACAUCGAUUUAAACAAAGUGGUAACGGGACUUCGGUUGGUAAAGCACGGGCGGGUCUUCCACCUGCAGGUUAGCGAGGGCCGACUGGGAGAGCGUGGGGCGGUUACGCCCGGUGGCUGGGUGCCGUUCAAUAAGUUCGAUGUCGACGAUCCUGACGUCAGGGAGAAUGUCGACUACCACACACUCAGCUAUGAACGCCGCGCAGUCGAUCUGGACGAACUGGAUUCACCGUACGGGCACAUUAUGACUGGCGUCAGAUUCCGUAUGAUUGGAGCUCACUUGCACUUUGAGAUUCGUUCGACGCCAUUUAAUUACACAACGGGCCGACUGGCACCCGAACGGAGUCAGUGGAUCAGCAACGAUAACACCGACGGAACUGAACAUCCAAGAUCCCAAUUGCGCCUGGUGAACCCAGAUAUCCCAAUCUACAGCAACAGUCCGUUGCCCGUGGACUCUAAACAUGACCAAUACAUUGAAUUCACGAACAGUGAUUUCGACGCAGACGCAGCUCAAAGUACGGUUCCAUUCAUAGACAUACAGCCAGUAGAGCCCUUGAAAGGUGCGUCGUUAAUAAGCGGAGCUGGAAUGAUCCACCGUGGCACCCGCGGCUCGGGCGGGUUCAUCGCACCCAAACUGUUCACGUACGACUACUCUCGGCACGUCAAGGCUGAGCUGCCACCAGACUCCGACGACGGAGAGUCACCCGACUUCAUGCCUGUCGCGGCUUACUAG